GAUCUUCUUUUCAGCUUUCUCCAGCCAUAGGCAUAGCCAGAGCCAUGGACUUUAAUGAGUAGGGAGGGUGGCUUGGCUAUAAGGUUCCAGAGGCGUCGUUUUCUGUGAAAGUUUCUUUCGGCAUGUACAUACAAACUAAAAUGGGGCCAUAGUACAAAUUUGAAUCAAACCCACAACCAGAUUCCUCCAACCCAUCACACUAAUGGCUUCGGACCAGACUCUGUUCCACAACAGCCUUCUCGCCCUGUACCUCAUCGGACCACCGACCGCCGUCUCCCUGAGGUUUCUUCAGGCGCCCUACGGGAAGCACAACCGCCCGGGGUGGGGCCCGACCAUGUCGGUUCCGUUGGCGUGGUUCCUCAUGGAAAGUCCCACCCUAUGGCUGACUCUCCUACUCUUCCCCUCCGGUGAUAACUCCUCCAACUACAAGUCUCUCCUUCUCAUCUCCCUCUUCCUCCUCCACUAUCUCAAUCGCACCUGUCUCUACCCGAUUCGCCUUCUCCGGAGUGGGACUCGACGGAAUUCCGCCACCGGUUUCCCGGUGGUUAUGGCGCUCAUGGCAUUCGUGUUCAAUUUGCUCAACUCUUACCUGCAGACCAGAUCUGUGUCUCACUACAUGGAUUACGACAGAGACGAGUGGUUUUGGUGGCGGUUUUUCGGUGGGGCGGUGGUUUUUCUGCUGGGGAUGGCAGUGAAUAUUUGGUCGGAUGGUGUUCUGGUAAAAUUGAAGAUGGCGGGCGGCGGAUAUAAGGUGCCGACGGGAGGGUGGUUUGAGUUGGUGAGUUGCCCUAAUUAUUUGGGAGAGAUUGCGGAGUGGCUGGGCUGGGCGGUGAUGUGCGGGUCAUGGGCUGGGCUAGGGUUUUUUCUUUACACGUGUGCCAAUUUAGUGCCCAGGGCACGUGCGAACCACACGUGGUACUUGAACAAGUUCGGGGAGGAUUAUCCCCGAGAUAGGAAGGCCGUUAUUCCCUUCCUGUAUUAAGUGUCUGUAUCAAAAAUUAAAAUUAAUAAAUAAUCUUAAAUUCUCUUAUUUUAAUUGAUUAAAAAAAAUGAAAAUUAUUUAUAUUUAAAGAAAUGGAUGAAAUUGUAUUGGAACUUAGUUUUGCCGGGCAGCGCCUCCCUCUUCGUAGCUUGCUUCUUUUCCAUGGAUAUUAUGGCGGAGAAACCUCAAAAUGUGGCGAUUCUCGAGCAAUUGCGACUAGGAAUUGCUCGAUUUGAGCUCGUAUCUUCGCCUGUAAAUUCAAUUUCACCUUCCAACUCAGUCGCUCCUUCUUUCCCUUUUUCUAUGAAUCGCGGCCGCCCACUCUUUGCUAAAAUUGGACCCAUGCUGCGCGCUGAAUCGCCUGCAUUGAGGAAAGCUGAGCACUACAAAGUCCAGAAAGUUACUGGAGAUGGACGCUGCCUAUUCCGUGCGCUUGCCAAAGGAAUGGCUUUCAACAAGGGGAUUCCUCUUCGUCCAUUUGAGGAGAAAAAUGAUGCAGAUGAUUUACGCAUGGCUGUGAAA